AUGGAAGGUGGAUUGAGUAUUCUAGUUCAGGAGAAAACAUCAGCUCGUCGUCACAUGCGGUAUUAUCUCGCUUUUGGUGAUACGCCAAAGGAGAAGCGUCCUAGAUUAGAACCUCCCGCUACUGUGGCUGAAGUAAAAGACACGAGUAAGAAGAUUGUUGGUGAUCCGGACUUAGGAAAACUGCCUCAGACCGGUGUCCUUGACCUUGGUGUUUCAGUGAAUACAUUUAACAUUGGAAGGAGUAGCAGAGAGGAGGACAAACCCGAUCCACUCCGAGUGAAGAGAACCGGUUUGCAAAAGCAGGGAUCAAAAGUGAUAUUUGGUGUCCCUAAACCUGGAAAGAAAAGGAAGUUCAUGGAUGUGAGCAAACACUACGUUUCAGAGGCGAGCAAUAAAACUCGGGAACCAGUUAAGCCUGUGAAAUCAAUUGUGCCCCAAAAUUCAGGAGCAGGGAGCUGGAGAAUGCCUUCUAAAACUGUAUCCAGAGAGAAACAGACAACAAUAUCGAAGCCCAAGACUUUCAAACCGGCGCCCAAGACGAGAGAGAAACCGGGUGCUGCAGGUAGGGUAAUGCCCCGCAAGGACUCACGAAAUACAGCAGCCUCAAAUAUGGAAUCUGAUGAUCAGAGUGGAGAGAACAAGGAUCCUGCAUCUGGAACAAGUGCUAGUGUUCCAUCCCAAGGAACAGCGGAAGAGCAAACCACAUCAUCCUCUCAGGAUACUCGUUCCAAGAAUAUUUCCUCCUCAAGCAAUAAUAAAGGAAAAGUGGGCCCAACUGCAGGAAGGUUAGUAAAGAUCGAAGAGGAAAAGGCGUUGGCUGAGAGUUGUUCAAAAGCAUCAGAUGGGGGAAUGGAGCCUCGUAGAUCUAUCCGCAGGAUUCAGCCAACAUCUAGACUACUUGAAGGUAUACAAACAUCGAUGAUGACCUCGAAGAUACCUUCUGUAUCACACAGCAGAAGUCAAGGGAAAAAGCAAGUAGGUGGUGGAAGCAAGUGCACAUAA